AUGGGAUUUAGUACUUCUCUCCUGAGGAUAUACCAGCUGGCCGGUGUGUUUCAUUGUGUAUCUGAGCUGUCCUCAUCUCCUGUACGUCUGCUUCGCCUGUGCAAAAGCAAAUAUGCAGUCCGCAUGGAGGAUAACUUUCUUUGGGCACUAAGCUGUGUGGUUGACAUUCCUGAUGUGAGUGUGUGUGACUUACUUGACCAGCUGAUUGCCCUCUUCUGUUUCUACAAUAGACCUGUGUAUCAGAGCUACCAGUUGUACAGUAAAGAGGAGUUGGCUCUACGAUGGGCCAGAUAUCUCUGUCACCUGCAGGGCGGCUCCACUGAGCUGCACAACAUCUUCAGCUGCUUGAGGACCAUUGACUCCACGCUUAUUGACCCUCUGCUGCUGCUGAAGGCUGCUCUUAUUCUUCAGGCAUGUCAGCGAUGUCCUUUAGUCUUGGCAGGCUGUAUCCUCUACAGGGGCAGGCUGGUUAGUACUCAGAUGCCGCCUGCGUUGACAGUGAAAGUGAUGGUGUAUGAGACACAAACGUACAGCCAGGAUUUCCAGGUGAUGACCAAUGGCCUGAGCUCAUCGGUGGGCUCACCGUCCUCUUCCACAGCUACCACACAGGUGUUCCCGAUGCCCACUGAACUGCAUAUGCUCCGCUGCCCCCCAGUGGAUAGAGCAUGCAGGUCUCACUGCAAUCAACCUCCCUGCCAACCCAGCAAGUCCCGCCUCUUGUCGCGCACUUUAUCUGACACCCCAACCACAGAUACUGACUCUUCAGGCUUAGAUCCCACACAUUGUCCCCCAACAUCCUAUCAGACAGUGCCAUCUUCUCCUCGCUCCUCACUCUCUGAUGAACUGUGUUUCAGCCCUUCUCCCUCACGUAUUAACACUCCCAUUAACUCCUAUCUCAUGAACCAAUCAGAGUAUUUCACUCCUGACUCAAAUGACCUCAGCACUUCUAACAGGACCAACUUGCGUACGGUGGAAGAAAGCUUAGCAGGCCUGAACAUAAAGCAGGAUAUAGAUGCAAACUCGGGGUCAGAAAAUUCAGAUCAGGACAUUCAGAGUGAAGAAAUCAAGGCCCUCGCCAAUGGCUAUGAGCAGUCAAACUUUCUUGAGAAACAUUCUGACCUUGACAACCUGAUUAAAAGUGAAGAAAAUAAACUGGAUGUUAACAAUCAUGUGAUCAAUAAAAAUGGAAAAUUCCAAGGAGAAACCGAGAAACAAGUCAAUAGGAAACUCAAGGAGAAAUAUGAACCCACAAACACCCCCUCACCACAUGAGAGCCUAGCAGACACCUCUCUCGUGCCAUCUGUAUUAUACCAGCAUAGAGUCAAAGGUUUGGUGUUGGCCCUGCUGGUGGAGCCUGAGUUCAACACAGACCCCUCUGCCAGAGAGGAAGUACAUCACAGCAGCUUGGCAUCAUUAAACGGGCUUGAGACUCACUUGAGAAAUACCUCACCUGGGACACCAGGCCCACCCGGGCCCUACACCUUUGCUCACUAUGACUGCAUUCAAAACACUCUGACUACUAAUGUAUGUGGGCGCUCCGUUGGACCCCAGGAUCAGGCCUUUGUGAAGGCCACUAAGCUGGUCCAUUCACAUUUCUCAUGCUUAGACACACUACAGGAGGCCAUUGUCAGGAACGCCAGCUCGGCAGUGUAUGGAACCCGUAACACGGCCCAGGAGACAUAUUUUCUCCAGCAGGGAACACCUGUCAGAAAAGCCCGUCUGCGGCUCCUUAAACAUGGAGUUAACCUGCUUUAG